GAAUUGCAGCCACGGAACGCGCGCGCCCAGCUAUAUUUACCCCUGUUGAUGCGCGCGCAUCGGUUGGUGUUAGAUCUCCAUGGGUGAUGUCACCACCAAGGAGAAGAAUGUGAUCGUGACGGCAUACGAGGAGGUGCCGCCCGCGCCGCGGCGCCGUCGUCCGGGGAGCGGCCGCGCUGGCGCGACGUCGUCGUCGUCGUCGACGACGACAGCGGAGGUGACCACUUGGCAGCAGGCCAAGGCGGCGCCGGCGGCGUAUCAGGCCGGCGUGGCGGCGGGCGCCCGGUACAGAGGCAGCAACCGGCGGGCGCUGCUGCUCGCGUACGCGCAGCAUCUUCGGCGGCGUGAUCAGCGCGGAGCUAGCGGCGAGCGGCCGCGGGUGCUGAUGGAGUGGGGCAAAUGGAAGACGCAAGGUCAUCCCGGUGCCGGCGCCGGCGGCGACGCGGUGGCAGGUGAGGAGGAGGAGAAGCUUAUACUGCAGAUUCCGGCUGUGGACCAGGGCGUUUCUCCGGCGAGUUCGGAGAAUCGGGGAGAAUGCGUUGUGCAAGAACAAGGAGAUCAGUCAACCGGCCAAUGUAGGAUAAUAUGGUUGAUCGAUCGAUUAACUAAUUGCCACUUCUGCUAGCUCAUGUGCUGUGCUGCUUCUUUCUGGCGAAUCUAGAUGAAACGAAUAGGAUCACCAAUGCCAAACAUAUCGUGCAUUCGUGCGUGAGAACUUGUACCGACUGUCUCUCGUACGUGGAGAACUGCUCUAUUUUCUGAGUUUGCAUUACUAAAGGGAAAGGUACGCACGGAUAUACCAAAACCCGACUGAAAUUUCUUUGCAAUUUUUACGAAAGGACGCCACUACACAGUUAGUUAGUGGUCUCGUGAUAGACUAAACUAGCGAUCCAAUUUUUUUUUUAUAUAACUAGUACCCUGUUCAACCAA